AUGUCGUUCGUCGCCACGACCAACCCGAACUCAUCUCGGGCCCAGGCAGUGGUCAGCCACAACCUGCCACAACUCCAAGGUAGUCCAGACUUGGACAAUGCAGUUCACGGACCCCCUGGGAGCGCAUACACCGAGAAGUCGGAGCAGGAGAGAAGCGAAGAUGAUGAGACCUUGCAAGAGAAGGAGGAGAGGGUGGACGCUCGGGUGGGCGACCUUGCUCGACAGCUAACGCGCCAAUCUACUCGUUUCUCCACGAAAGGCGCCCUGAAGAACCCCUUUGCGGUGGACGACCCAGAAUCGGCCCUCAACCCCCACAGUCCCAACUUCAAGCCCAGGGACUGGAUCAAGAUGCUCCUCGCCAUUCGCUCCCGUGAUCCCGAACGAUACCCCGACCGUACAGCAGGUGUUGCAUUCCGGAAUUUGAAUGUCCAUGGAUUCGGAUCGCCGACCGACUACCAGAAGGACGUGCUGAACUCACUUCUUGAACUAGGAACCUUAUGUCGGAGACUGGUCGGUAUGAAGAUGCAAAAGAUUCAGAUCCUUCGCGAGUUUGACGGUCUAGUCAAAAGUGGUGAGAUGGUCGUCGUGCUGGGAAGACCAGGUAGUGGCUGUUCCACCUUCCUCAAGACAAUCGCCGGCGAGAUGAACGGUAUCGAAAUGUCAGAGGACUCCAUCUUGAACUACCAGGGUAUACCCGCAAAGGAGAUGCAAAAGGCCUUCCGAGGCGAAGCCAUUUAUAACGCCGAGACUGAUGUCCACUUCCCCCAACUCUCCGUCGGUGAUACUUUGACGUUUGCAGCUCUCGCAAGGGCCCCUAGGAAUCGCUUGGAAGGAGUCAGUCGGAAGCAGUAUGCGGAGCAUAUGAGAGACGUGGUCAUGGCCAUGCUGGGGCUUUCCCAUACGAUCAAUACCCGGGUUGGAAACGACUUUGUUCGCGGAGUCAGUGGUGGUGAGAGAAAGCGUGUCAGUAUCGCAGAGGCCACCUUGAGUCAGGCACCAUUGCAGUGCUGGGACAAUAGCACUAGAGGUCUCGAUAGUGCUAAUGCCCUGGAAUUCUGCAAGAAUUUGUCUCUGAUGAGCAAGUAUGCUGGCACUACUGCUUGCGUUGCCAUCUACCAGGCGUCUCAAAGCGCAUACGAAGUGUUCGACAAGGUGACCGUGCUUUAUGAAGGGCGUCAGAUUUACUUCGGCCGAACGAACGAGGCCAGACAGUUCUUUGUGGAUAUGGGAUUUGAGUGUCCCGAGCGCCAAACAACAGCCGAUUUCUUGACCUCGCUAACCAGCCCAGCGGAGCGCCAGGUUCGCCCUGGGUUUGAGAAUCGCGUCCCUCGGACGCCGGAUGAGUUUGCGGCGGCAUGGAAGCAAAGCAGUGCGAGAGCCGCCCUUAUCAGGAAGAUCGAAGAGUUUGAACAACAGUAUCCGAUCCACGGCUCUUCAUACAAUGCCUUCCUGGACGCCCGCAAAGCCAUGCAGGCGAAAAACCAGCGUCUCAAAUCUCCCUACACGAUCUCCGUGUGGGAACAAAUUUCCCUGUGCACUGUCCGUGGAUUCCAGCGUCUGCGUGGAGAUUUCAGUCUAACUGCCAGUGCAUUGAUCGGAAACUUUAUUAUCGCCUUGAUCGUGGCCUCCGUCUUCUUCAACCUUCCGGAUACCACCGCUAGCUUCUACUCCCGCGGAGCUUUGUUGUUCUACGCUGUCCUUCUCAACGCUUUCUCCAGUGCUCUCGAAAUCCUGACACUUUAUGCCCAACGUCCAAUUGUGGAAAAGCAGUCAAGAUAUGCCUUUUAUCAUCCAUUUGCAGAGGCCAUGGCAUCCAUGCUUUGCGAUACACCAUACAAGCUGAUAAACUCGAUCACAUUCAAUAUCCCGCUGUACUUUAUGACGAAUCUCCGCCGUGAUGCGGGCGCCUGGUUUACAUUCUGGAUUUUUUCCGUGGUCACCACAUACACCAUGUCCAUGAUUUUCAGAACUAUUGCGUCGACGUCCCGCUCCCUUUCGCAAGCCCUGGUACCGGCAGCCAUCCUCAUUCUUGGAAUGGUGAUUUACACCGGUUUUGUGAUUCCGACUCGGAAUAUGCUUGGCUGGUCCCGCUGGAUGAAUUAUAUAAAUCCUAUCGCCUACGCCUUUGAAAGUUUCAUGGUUAAUGAGUUCUCCGGACGUCACUUCCCCUGCUCGGCGAUUAUUCCCUCCGGAGAUCAGUACGACUCGAUAUCGAUGGACCAUCGGAUUUGCUCCACGGUCGGCGCCCAGUCGGGAUCGACCAUCGUGGACGGGACCACCUAUCUCAAGGAGAGUUAUCAAUAUACUAAAGGGCACGAGUGGAGAAACAUGGGAAUCUUGAUCGCGUUUAUGAUUUUUUUCUGUGGCACCUAUCUUGCUGGCACCGAAUAUAUCUCCGAGCAAAAGUCCAAGGGUGAGGUCCUUCUGUUUCGACGUGGCCACCAGCCGAAGCUUCCCCAGGGAGAAACAGAUUUGGAAUCUUCAACUGUUCCUGGCGGUGCGGUCAAGACCGAGGCGCCUGAUCAAUCGGAAGUUCGUAUUCAGAGGCAAACGGCUAUCUUCCACUGGCAAGACGUCUGUUAUGACAUUAAGAUCAAAGGGGAGCCUCGACGGAUCUUGGACCACGUGGACGGGUGGGUAAAGCCCGGCACAUGCACCGCACUGAUGGGUGUCUCUGGAGCCGGUAAAACUACCUUGCUUGAUGUCUUAGCCACGCGUGUUACCAUGGGUGUCGUUACGGGAGACAUGCUUGUCGAUGGACGCCCCCGAGACCAGUCGUUCCAGCGUAAGACAGGCUACGUACAACAGCAGGAUCUGCACUUAUCUACUUCGACCGUUCGUGAAGCCCUCCGGUUCAGUGCGUUACUACGUCAGCCGGCGCACGUUAGCCGAGAAGAGAAACUGGACUACGUUGAAGAAGUUAUUAGACUUUUGGGUAUGGAGGCCUAUGCCGAUGCCAUUGUCGGUGUGCCUGGUGAGGGUCUGAACGUUGAGCAACGCAAGCGACUGACGAUCGGCGUUGAGCUUGCUGCUAAGCCGCAGUUGUUGCUAUUCUUGGAUGAACCGACCUCUGGUCUGGACAGUCAGACUUCGUGGUCCAUUCUGGAUCUGAUCGAUACAUUGACCCAGCACGGACAAGCCAUUCUCUGCACCAUCCAUCAGCCUUCGGCCAUGUUGUUUCAGCGCUUCGACCGUCUUCUCUUCCUGGCCCGAGGAGGAAAGACCAUCUACUUUGGCGAAAUCGGCGAGAAUUCCACCACACUGUCAAAUUACUUCGAACGUAACGGCGCCCACCCCUUGUCCCAGGGAGAGAACCCUGCCGAGUGGAUGCUUGACGUCAUCGGAGCGGCACCCGGUUCCCACACCGAUAUAGAUUGGCCAAAGGUAUGGCGGGAGAGUCCGGAGCACACACAGGUUAAGGAGCAUCUCGCGGAUUUGAAAUCGACUCUGUCCACCAAGCCCCAAGACAACUCUGACCCCGAAGCCCUCAAGGAGUAUGCUGCAUCAUUUGGUCUCCAGCUAUGGGAAUGCUCACUCCGUGUGUUUGCCCAAUAUUACCGCACUCCAAGCUACAUCUGGUCCAAGACCGCCCUCUCCGUCCUGACUGCCUUGUACAUUGGGUUUUCGUUCUUCCACGCCAGCAAUUCCAUCCAGGGCAUGCAAAACCAGAUGUUCAGUGUGUUCAUGUUAAUGACCAUUUUCGGCAACUUGUGUCAACAGAUUAUGCCCCACUUUGUCACUCAAAGAUCUCUCUACGAGGUCCGUGAACGUCCAUCAAAGACGUACUCCUGGCAGGCCUUCAUGACAGCCAACAUCCUGGUGGAAUUGCCGUGGAACACGCUCAUGGCCGUGUUCAUGUUCCUCUGUUGGUACUAUCCGAUUGGCUUAUACAACAAUGCCAAACCCACCGAUGCCGUGAAUGAACGUGGCGGUCUCAUGUUCUUGCUCAUCUGGGUUUUCUUGCUCUUUACAUCGACGUUUGCCCACAUGGUCAUUGCCGGUAUUGAACUGGCCGAGACGGGUGGUAAUAUCGCUACGUUGUUAUUCUCCCUCUGCUUGAUCUUUUGUGGUGUCCUAGCGACCCCGGAGGCCAUGCCCGGGUUUUGGAUCUUCAUGUACCGGGUAUCCCCGUUCACGUAUCUGGUGUCGGCCAUGCUCUCAACAGGACUUUCAGGAACCACGGUCACCUGCGAAGCGGUUGAGUAUCUGACAUUCGACCCACCGAGCAACGAGACCUGUCAGGACUACAUGGCAUCCUACAUCAGCUUAAAUGGUGGCUAUUUGAAGAACCCAUCGGCCACCUCCAACUGUGACUUCUGCACCAUGAGCAGCACAGAUACCUUCCUUGCCUCGGUAUCGAGUAGUUUCUCAGAUGCCUGGCGCAACUUCGGCCUGAUGUGGGUGUAUAUCUUCUUCAACAUUGUGGCUGCCGUGGGUAUCUACUGGUUGGCCCGAGUGCCCAAGGGCAAGAAGGUGUCGGGGACUACCUAA